GCUGGAGGAACCUGUGGGGCUGGUGGUGCGGUGGUUGGUGGCUGGCAGUGGUGAAGGAGACGCUGUGAGUGAAGGACGCUCGUGUUGCUUCAGCCCAGGUGUGAUGGCCGCCACUGUCUCCCCCCGCGGCUUACAAUCGGAGCCUGGUGUACGAGGCCGCCGCCGCCCACACUGACACUGCCGCCGCCAAGGGUGACUUGCGCCUGCUUCCUACCUGCAGGCACCAACAAACGUGCAACAGUUAAUGGUGGCCGUAGCCGGCACACUGGAGGCGGCGACGGCUACUGCUACAACUACUGCGGUGGCGGCGGCGGGGUAUGGUGUGGAGGAAGGGACCCUCGUGGCUGGUGACGUCCUGAAGCGACGCAGUAAUAAUGGUCGCAACAACCACCACCACCACCGCCGCCGCCUCACUGUUGCUCUUCUGUCUCCAUUUCCUGCUCUCCCUUUCAUAUGUUCUCUGCUUUCCUCGUCCGCGCUUACUCCCCUUCCUCCUGCUGCCGCUGCGGUUUGUGCUCCUCCUCUCCUGCUGCUGCUCACACCGUGUCUACAAGCGCCAACGAGCGGCAGGAAUGGAAGCAAGGCGAAGCAAGGCGGUGGCGGAGGAAGUACAGGGUGCCGAUUGAGUGACCUCUUGACUGCCGAUGAUGGUCUCGCGCCUUCAGUCCAUGCAGUGUGCAGCGAGACGCCCCAUCUGCUGCCACGAGAACAAUGUGAUGGCCGCCACAACAGUCCCCUCCCACAACUUAGGAGCGUGGUGCACGAGACCGCUGCCAAGGGAGACUCACGCCUGCCCACAGGCACCGUCACAAUGGCGGUCGUAACCGCCACGCUGCUAGCGGCGGCGGCGGCAACGACCUUCAUGGCUGCCGGCAUUUUGGUAGCGAUGGUGAUGGCGUGUGGUGUGGAGGCAAGGACCUUCGUGGCUGGGGACACCCCAGUAUUAAUUGUUCCGGAUGUGAGACGAAGUGCCACGCCUCGGCAGUCUACAGGAAGAAGACUCGCCCAGACUGACGCUCAUUGUCCUGGACUCUGAGCACAGUCACCGCAACCAGUCUUGAAGACAGAAGAGUAGUGAAGAGGAGCGAGGCGUCAGCAGAGGAAUCAAACUUUGAAGAAAACGCGAAUGGAUCGACGGGACUGGGCCAGUGCCAACAGCGGAUUAAACCUUACCCAGCGAUGGAGGCGGCGGAGAGGCAAGAAUUUGCCGCCUCUACUGGACCUUAUAGUCUGCAGAAAAGAACAUUCACCUCACACUCCCUCGAAGAGAAGACGACGGCAAUUUGCAUGUAAGAAAACAAUAAAAGAUGCUUAGAAAUAA